CCAGUUGUCUGACUUCUUCAGAUCCAAUAUGGCGGCUCCGGGCGGUCGUUGAGGGGCCGGUAAGGUGGCAGUUGAGGCCACGGCUCUCAAGCCCUGGACGGGGUGGGCGGGGGGAGGACCGUGUGGAUCGGCGCGAAUUCAGCUCCGGCACGGAGGGGAACGACGAGAGAAGAGUGGGCCAAGGCGGAUAGGCCCUCCGGCAGGUCGUCCGCUGGAGCUCGGUGUGUUGGGCCAUUCCGUCGAUCGGAGAGAUGGCCCAGCGGGUGCAGUCGAUUCAGGAGUUCCUCCAGGAUUCCUUUGUGCCUUUAGUGGCCGCGUUGUGUAGCGAGGAGGCAGAGAGAAUCACCCGCAAGAACAACCUGGGCUUCUGUGAGCUGGUAAAGCCCUUCUGUCGCCUCACUUCGGAAGUGCAUAUGAGAGAUCCUAAUAAUCAACUUCACAUAAUCAAAAACUUGAAAAUAGCUGUCAACAACAUUAUUACUCAGCCACCUCAGCCGGGAGCUAUUCGAAAAAUUCUGAAUGAUGUGGUGACUGUUAGCCAGCCUGCUGAAGGAUUACUAGCUAAUGUGAUUACUGCAGGAGAUUAUGAUCUCAACAUUAGUGAAUCAUAGAAUUGGAAGCAAUCUCUGAGGUGUAAUUCAGACCAAAUCCUACUUUGUACAGAAAAGUUCUCAGAGAUAGCACUGAUCAUUGGCAAUAUUUUCCUGCUGUUUCUCCUCCUUUAUUCAUCUUCCUUUAGUAAGAAGAUGUGGAGUAGGACUCAGCCAUAAGUAUUGCCUGAAUAGAAUAUACACUAGUAAUAUGGAAGAGGUUUAUUAGCCCUGAAUUCUGAUUGUACUAUGAAAUAAUUUUAUAUCUCUAUUUUUAAGCCUUCAAACUCAUAUUGACUGAUCUUGAGAAGUCAAGCACGAUCAGAUCUGAUUAGCAUUGAAUGUUAACCAGAAAUUCCAGGAUUAUAGUUGUAAUAAGAAGA